GCACGCAUCAUAGCCAUCGAUUACUCCGACGUCGAAUCUCUUGUUACGCUGUUUCAAGACGAAAAUGUCCAAACGGUGCUUUCGGCGCUAGGCGUCUCGACGCCUCUCGAAUACGAGAACAAUUUAAUCCGGGCUGCCGAGAAGUCCAAAAUUACCCGAAGAUUCAUCCCAAGCGGCUUCGGUGCUAAGUAUGGCCUGAGUAUACACUGGUCCUUCCCCUUAGCUGCACCAAAAAUCGCAGCCGAAGAAGCGCCCGAGAAAACGCAGCUCGAAUGGACCAUUGUCUGCAAUGGAUUUUUCCUCGAUUACUGGGGCAUGCGCAAGAUAAAGUCUUAUCUAAGCCCUUCGGCCCUGGUCGUUGAUAUGCUAGCCAGGAAGGCUGCCAUUCCAGGCCCGGGUGAUACUCCAGUUGUAUUCACGUAUUCUGGUGAUGUUGCGAAGUUCACAGCAGCACUUCUGACCCUUGAUAAGUGGGAGAAAGUGUCAUAUGUGAUUGGAGAUAAGGUUACUUGGAACGAAUUCGUUGCCACUGCUGAAGUUCUUGGGGAGAAAUUCGACAUUGUCCAUGAUUCACUUGACAUGCUGAAAUCUGGUAAAGUCACUGAGCUUCCAGGCCAGGUGCCAGUUUAUGCAGUUUUCCCCAGAGAAGCUUUUCACAGCAUGUGUGCCGCUUUCGGGCUUUUCUUUGACCAGGGCCUCAUGAACUAUAAGCAAGAGCAGGCUGUUAGCCAUUUAUUUCCCAAUAUUAAGACAAACUCUGUCAAGGACGUACUGGAGAUUGGCUGGAAGAGUUAG